CUUUCACCACAACUGAUUUACUGUCUGAAGUGACACAACUGAGUGUGCUGUUUUCUUCAAGUAUGAUUUAAAUUGCCCAUUCUGAAUAAGUGAAUUCUCGAUUUUUUCAUUCACAAAGCAAUUGGGCAUGUACUUUUGAGGUGGAUCAGGCCACUGGGGCAAAUCCAUUUAUAGUAUUUGGCAUGGAGGUUUUGUAACGUGGUACGUACAAUAUUGGUUUGCUGACCAGAUUAGCAUAAAAGGUUACGGCGUGGUUAAAGACCUCCUUCAGUUUCUUUGUUUGUCGUUGUCAUGACCGUUGAGAACAUGGACAAUGUUCAGAUUUUUAAUUCAGAGGGCAAAGGCAGAGGGCUGAAAGUGACCAAGGAGUUUUGGCCUGGGGAUGUCCUAUUUGCAGAGCCUCCAUAUGCUGCAGUGGUUUUUGACAGCUUGACACAGAAUGUCUGCCAUACAUGUUUCAGAAAGCAGCCAAAGCUCCAGCGUUGUGGUCAGUGCAAGUUUGCCCACUAUUGUGACCGGACCUGCCAGAAAGAAGGCUGGGCUAGCCACAAGAGUGAAUGUAGUGCCAUUAAAAUCUAUGGAAAAGGACCCAAUGAGAACAUCAGGCUUGCCGCUCGUAUCUUGUGGCGAAUUGAAAAAGAAGGAGGAGAUUUGUCAGAGGGAUGUCUCACUUCAAUGGAUGACCUUCAGAACCAUAUGGAAGACUUAUUAGAGGAUGAGAAAAAAGAGUUAAAAGUGGAUGUGCACAAUUUUCUUGAUUUUUGGCCAACAACCUGUCGUCAGUUUGGAGUACAAUACAUUUCUCAUAUAUUUGGAGUGAUUAACUGCAAUGGAUUCACUAUGAGUGACCAGAGAGGAUUGGAGGCAGUGGGUGUAGGAAUAUUUCCUAACCUAUGCCUUGUGAACCAUGACUGCUGGCCAAACUGUACUGUCAUCCUCAAUAAUGGCAACCAUGAGGCAGUGAACUCAAUGUUUCACACCCAAAUGAGAAUUGAGCUGCGUGCCAUUAGUAAGAUCACAGAGGGUGAGGAGCUCACUGUAUCUUAUGUGGAUUUUCUGAAUUUGAGUCAAGACCGCAAAAAACAGUUGAAGCAGCAGUAUUACUUUGACUGCACCUGCGAACAUUGCACCAAAGGCAUCAAGGAUGAUCUGAUGAUAGCUACCAUAAUGGAAGAAGGAAACAAGCCCUCUGAAGAAGUGGUAAAUGAAGUCAUGCAGUUCACCAAGAAAACCAUGGAGAAAGUUGAGAAGGCCCGCUCAGAGGGAUCCUUUCAUGAGGUGGUCAAGUACUGCAGAGAAUGUUUGAAAAAGCAGGAGCCAGUUCUGGCAGACACUAACAUCCACCAGCUACGUGUGCUGAGUAUCAUAUCAGAGGUGCUCUCCUAUUUGCAAUACUUUCAGGAAGCUGCAGAUCAUGCUCGCAAAAUGGUAGAUGGCUACCAAAAACUGUACCACCCAAACAAUGCGCAGUUGGGAAUGGCAAUUAUGAGAGCUGGGGUAACUCACUGGCAUGCUGGAUUGAUUGAAGUUGGACAUGGCAUGAUCUGCAAAGCUUAUGCAAUUCUGAUGGUUACACAUGGACCAACACAUCCUAUCUCCAAAGAUCUAGAGACAAUGCGUGCUCAGACAGAGAUGGAGUUGCGCAUGUUUCAACAGAAUGAAUAUAUCUACCAUAACAUGAGGGAGGCUGCACUGAAGAACCAGCCUAUGAAGAUGAUGGAAGGGCCUAGUGACCAGGCCAUCAAAGACCUUUUUCACAGAAAGUAAAAAAAAAAAAAGUAUAGAACCUACGGAAGUAACAUCUUAGGUUGAACAAAAUUCAGCAAUGCUUUGCAUAAAGUGUCUCUUAUUGUAGCUUAUUUACUAUAAUUAUUUCAGCAAUUGCAAAUGGAAGUACAGUCUAAUUAGGUUCAUUUUUACUGUAGUUAAGUUGCAGUACACAGUGAUUACAGUUAGUAACUCUAUAGUUAUGCUGAUUAUUACUGAGUAAUUGCAAUGAAAGUACACCAUAAUAAAAGAGUAAAAUGUCUCCCAACAUUCUGCUAAUGUAAAUGCACUUUCAUAAUUUAAAAUUUACUGAAACCCUCUUAAGGUUUUGUUUUGGUCUUUUUAAAUACAAUCUGCCGAAAUGUUAUGAGCAUGUCUUUGAACCUGAUAGAAAAUCAGAGUAAUGUUUUAGGUUGAUUUUCUCUGAGAUAAAAAUGUCAGUUUUUUUUUUUUUUCAAAUAAAUACAUUUGUUUUCAAAUUAUGGCCUUGAAGUUAAGGUUUACUAUAAAUACUACCUGUAUAUGUGUAACACCAAGUUAUAUUUGAAUUAUGUACAUUCAUCUACUGUACAAAUACAAGCCAUAUUGUUUCAAGA